UGAGGCCACACACACAUGCACACACACACACACACACACACUCACACACUCUUACAGAGAGGCCAGAGGGCAGAAGAUAACCGAGGGAGUCCUGAAUGCUUGGCGCUAGAGAAAGUGUUUUAUGGAGGAGUGAGAGAAACAAACCAACAGACUAAUUCCAUCUUUUUAUUACUCUGUACUCUCUUUCUUUCUUUCUUUCUUUCUUUCUCUCUCUCUCUCUCUCUCUCUCUCUCUCUCUCUCUCUCUCUGUCUCUCUCUCACUGCGUGGUGGAACAGGAGAAGGCGGGCGGUCCAGGAGGGAGACUAAUCACCGGCUCUCAUAAGGAGGGGGCCAGUGGAGAGUGGAGCGGCUGUAUGCGUGACCACACAGCUGCUCUUUGUCCUUUUCACUCUGUUUCUUUUACCCUCACACUCUGCUUUCCACUCUCCGUUCUUCCGUUAACUCUCAACACCAUGGAGCCCAACAGUCCUAAGAAGAUCCAGUUUGCCGUCCCGCUGUUUCAGAGCCAUUUGGACCCUCAGGCAGCAGAACAUAUACGCAAACGAAGGCCCACUCCAGCCACUCUUGUCAUCUAUAACGACCCCAAUGCAUCAGAUGAUAAGCAGUCGGCAAGUGGUCAGUCAGAGACUCAACUGUCUCCGGCCCAGAGGAAGACCAGUGUGUACACACCACCCACCAUGAGAGAACUGCAGUUGGUGGUGGAGCAGCACUUUCAGAGACACGAGCAGACGGAGGCAGGGCUCUCUGACAGCCCAGACACGCCCAGUCCAAUCGCAGCACAGCAGCCCAAUGGUGCCGCGGCCCAGUGGGCCAAUCACAGCUCCCCAGAGUCUUAUGUCAGUUGUGAUGGACAGGCAGGGAGCAGUGAGGCGGGUGGUAAAGAUCAUGCCAACAAACAGAGAUCCAGUGAGGAGGAGAGUCCCCAUCUUCCCAAACUCACUCAUUCCUACCUGGACACGCUGUCUGAGGAGCCGACAGACAGAGAAGCAGUGGACCAGCCGAGCACCACAGGAGUGAUGAUGAAAGGUGAGGCAGGCUUUUCUUUGGCCCUUCAGGAGGAAGAGGAGACUUUCCCCGAGGAUCAAGCCACACAGGAGGAGUAACACACUGAUCAAUUUUUAUCAUGGCUUUAUCAAUUCCUGAGUUUUAAAACUGUUUAUUAACCAUCAGAUUUGUUCUUUGCGUCAUCUUUUUUGAAUUUUAUACAUCUGUAAACAUAUUUGUAUAGACAACUAUAUCAGAACUAUCCUGUCUAUAGCAAAGGGAGUGUUUUUCUACUGAAGAAACGUCUUUCUUUUGUGUUUCUGCAUCUACAUCAACAUGGCCUUUACACCAAAGUAGAGAUUGUACGGAAAUGCAGAGGCUGUAAAAAUCGCAGAGCCAUAUACAGCGUCAGUGUUUAUUGAGAAGCAAGAAAAGUGCUUCAGUGUUUAUAAGUGUUACUGAAUUAGUAAUUAAUUCCAACAGUGCUAGCUCAGCUGAUGAAGAACUUCUGCCUGAAACAUCCUUCUGCUCAUUAAACUUUCUUUACUCUUCAGCAAUUCUAUCCACAACCCAUACAUCUUAUAUAUCUAGGGAUGUACCCGUCUUGUUUUUUUUUCUUCUUCUUCUUUUUUUUCUGUACUCAGACCUUUGAGUUUUUGGUCAGUACAAUUCUAACAUUUUGGAUGGAGUCUCAAAUUUGGACAUUGAAUACUGAUCCAAUCCUAUAUUUCAGACUAAUAUUGGAAUCAGAAGAGUGUAUUCCAGUUUGCUAUUAUUAAUACCAGCUUUUGUUUCAAGUUUCUAGAGAACUAGAAAGCUUUGGACAAAAGUCCUUAGUCGGAUGUACAAGCCCAGUGUUUCUAAGGCUGUUGGAGGUGAAACCAGCUGAUAUUUGAAAUCGUAUAUUUGUUGCAAAAAUGUGAUAUGGGGUUUUAAAGCUCCAAGAGUGUAGAUAUAGACAUUUAAGCAGUAGACCAAGAGUGUGUCAUGAAUAACAAGCAAUAUUUGUUGGUGUGAUUGGGUAGAUCUUCUUAUCCAUGGCGUUAUUCACGACCACAUAUCGGCCGUCGAGUGUUCUAUUACUUUUAUACAACAGUUUAUACAAAAAUGAGGAAAGAAGUAAAGCAAAAAAAAAAAUACAUUGUUUCAAAUAUAUAUUUGUGAUAUCUGCAAUUUCUUCUACCACAAAGUAGUUACACCACAAGUGUUGUGAUGCAACAAAGUAUUGUGGAAAGGUGAAUAAAAAGAUUUUGUCUAGCCUGUAAUGUAGCUAAGGCCAACUGAUAUGUAUUUUUAUAUUACUUGCUGUAAGAUUUACAGUAAUUUAUGGGCAGCAAUGUUGCAAAACAUACAGUAUAACUGUAAAACAUAUUUACAGCAAAGUACUGUAUAAUCUUUACAGAUAAUUCCUUUUUUUUGUAGUGUAUUACUGUAUGAUUUCAGUUAAACUACUUGUAAAUAUGACUACAGUAUAAAAUAAAACAUAAUCCAGUACAUUUGCUCAUUUGCCCAAGGUUAAGGGUCUUGCUCAAGGACCUGACCAUGGCAGUGUGAUCACAUGACCUUCUUAUCUGUAAUUUAAAGCCUUGACCACUGAGCCACCACAACUAGCUCAGCUAACUUGCACUGCUUCACGUUAAAGUUAAAUGUAAUAAAGUUAAAUUCAAGGUUGACGUGGAGAAAUUUUACCAUUCUAAUCCCAGCCGAAAACGUUCGAUAUCCCAUUAUGCAUUGCAGUUUCUGGUAUUUUACUGUAAAACAGUGCACUGUCUAGUUGUUUAGAGUGCAAAUCUGUAAAAUAAAACAGUAUUUUGCUGUAAAAUAAAUCUUGUAAAUUGACAGCAAUUGUUUUACAAUAUACUUACAAAUUAAACAUAUAUUGCAACUUCUCUGGAAACAGUAUUUAACAGAUUAAUCUCUGUGUAAACUUGACGUAAGUAAUUCACAGUAUGAGGGAGAAAAUUCACUUUUCUUCUUGAUUUACCAGCUAAUGAACCGAUAUUGUAUUUGUCAAUAGCAGCAAGGAUUAUUAAAUGUAUAGAAAUAUUAUUUAUGAUAUCAUUUUUGACCUCAAGGGACAGUUGAAACUGCUGCAGGCUGUAUUUGUCCAUGCCUGAUGCAGGCAUUCGGUACAAAACAUGAAUAAAACAAAUCGAUGGUCACAGUUACAGCCUAUGCUACUGUUUUUAUAAUAGAAAUAUUUACAAUAAAUUCAUAAGAAUUUAUAAUAAAUUUUAUAAUAAUAAUUAUACUCUCACACACACAUCUGACAAAAGCAGGCCAAAAGAUCUUUUGUGUAUCUUUUGAGAUCUCUCAAAGUGGAUCUCUCAAGUAUCUUUUCUAAUAUUCUGUAAUCUUUUCUAAUUCUACUUUCUAUUUUUAAUGAUUCAAAGCAGUGUAUAGUAAUGUAACUGUUGCUGUUUCUUAGCAACCCAGGGUCAGCACCAUGAUGCAGAUUUGGUGAAACCAUGCUAUUAUGUCUAGAACACAUUUCAGUUAAUCAGAUUGUGUGAAACUAACUGUUGUAUAAACUUUAGAUAUGUAGAAUUUUUAUGGAAUGUUAUUGAAUAUUAAACGUUUCACCUCCUACAGAUUCAAAAGCCGCUAAUGAAAAACUUUUGUCCCGAACUUUUUUCUUGUUUCUCUUGAAACUUCAUGUACAACUUUGGAAUUUUGCAUGUACUUACUUAUACAAGUAAAUACAGGAUUUUUCCUGUUUUAUAAGUUCUAAUUAUGAAGUACUCAGUUGGAGAUUGGGUUUAAAAUAUUACAAAAAUAUUUUUAGCUUUAUGUUGGUAUUAAAUUCAUGCACAGGCAUCAACUUUCACUAUUUUUUUUUUUUUUUUUCAUUUUAGAAACUAAUUUGAAUAAAAAUAGAGAAAAUUGAUGACUGUGCAUAAAUUUAAUACCAAAGUGUACUUUUUUUUUUUUUUUUUGAAAAAUCAGGUGUUUCUGUUCUUUUGACUAGUACUGUAGAUGAGCUCAUGAACUUUAGCUUUCAUAAUCUUUUCAUUUCAAAGGACCAAUAAUAUGAAGCCAUGAGUUUGAAGAGCAGGAAUGUUAUGGUAAUGCUUUACAUUAACGUUCCUUUACCUAACAUUAUAUACCGCAUUAGUUAAUAUUAACAAGUGUUCACCAUCACAUUAAAAACAUAAGUAAUGAGUAAUGUGUAUUCAGUCCAUGACUAAAAUAAGUAUAUAAAUGAGCAUGAAAAUUCCAAAUUUAACACUCCUAAAUUUUGAUAAUUUACUGAAUUUUGGUUUCCAGGUGAAAAUAUUGCAAUUUGCUUUUCAGCCUCAGUUCUGAGUUUCGAUAGUUAACAACAAUGUUCAUUAAGCUGUUGUUCAUGUUGAUCAUUGUGCGCUUUAUUUUAUUCGCUGAUGUUAUUAAUGUUGGUGUUGAAUAUUCGGCUUAUUACUUAAAACAUCAAUUAAUACAAGUGUGAGUUCCUUUGUUAAUGUUACUUAUAGUGUAUUCAUGUUGAAGUUCUCUGUUUCUUCAUGUUAAUGUAUUAAAGGGUUCAGUUAAAGGAACCUUAACGUUAAAGCGUUACCAAUUAUGCUUUAAGAUGAAAUACUUUAUAAAUGGUCAUCAACACACUGGUGAUGAGGGUGUGAGGGUGUAAAUACUGCAUGAAAACAAUUACAAUGACAGUGUUAUUUCCAGGCCACAGUAUUGUGCUGAUAUUGUAUUAAUAAAUCAGCUCUGCAUUUUUACAAAUGAUGUGCCAAGAUGAAUUUAGUGUAACAAUUUGUUGUCCUUUUCCUGUCAGACAGCCAGCAGCUUGAUCUGAUUAAAAAGAAAUAAACUUUGCAUUUUCUUCACCAA